CUAAAACACAUAAUACAGUGCAAACAAACCAAACCAACCACCACACAGAUAACAGUACAUACAAGCAAGCGUCGUCAGGCAGGCCGGGUCAAUAUCAAUAGGGCAGGUAGGUACAGGGGGAGCAAGCGGAGAUGGGUCGGGGUCACAGGCCAGGUUCAGCAGGUAGCAAGCAGCGUGGUACAGAGGGUCAGGCAGAGGGAUGGUCAGGAGCGAGCCGGGAUCAGAGCAGGAGAAGUCAGCAGCAUUUCAGAUCAGACAGGGUCAGCAAAGGAACAGAAACAGGAUGCAGGACAGAAACAGGAUACAGGGCCCAGGACAAACACAACACCAAGGCAGAGUCUGUGGGUCUGGCCA